GAAGCGGUCGCGCAGGUUGCGGGAGGCUGUUGGUGACCUGAUGCAGGCGGCGCGGCACGUCGUGGUCGCCCUGUCCGGCGGGGUGGACAGCGCCGUGGCCGCGCUGCUGCUGAGGCGGAGAGGCUACCAAGUGACAGGGGUGUUCAUGAAGAACUGGGACUCACUGGAUGAACACGGAGUGUGCACUGCCGACAGGGACUGUGAAGAUGCUUACAGAGUUUGCCGGAUCCUUGACAUCCCUUUCCACCAAGUGUCCUAUGUGAAGGAGUACUGGAAUGAUGUGUUCAGUGACUUUUUAAGUGAAUAUGAAAAAGGAAGGACUCCGAAUCCUGACAUAGUCUGCAACAAACACAUCAAAUUCAGUUGUUUUUUCCAUUAUGCUGUGGAUAAUCUCGGAGCAGACGCAGUCGCCACGGGCCACUACGCCAGGACCUCACUGGAAGACGAGGAAGUCUUUCAGCAGAAGCACAUUAGAAGGCCAGAAGGGCUUUUCAGAAACCGCUUUGAAGUCAGGAAUGUGGUUAAACUUCUUCAAGCAGCUGACAGCUUUAAAGACCAGACCUUCUUUCUCAGCCAGGUUUCCCAAGAUGCCCUGAGGAGAACCCUCUUCCCUCUGGGGGGGCUAACGAAAGAUUUUGUCAAGAAAAUAGCUGCUGAGAAUAGACUCCAUCACGUGCUUCAGAAGAAGGAGAGCAUGGGCAUCUGUUUCGUCGGCAAAAGGAAUUUUGAAAAUUUCAUUCUUCAGGUGAGUGUUCUGAGGGGCGGAAGAGUGGAGGCACGUUUCUGCUCUGGGCCUGCAUCUGUGAGUAAGAACGUGCUUGUUUUUCAGUAUUUACAGCCCCGGCCUGGUAAAUUCAUUUCUAUAGAAGACAAUAAAGUUCUGGGAACACACAAAGGUUGGUUCCUGUAUACUUUGGGCCAGAGAGCCAAGAUAGGUGGCUUACGGGAGCCCUGGUAUGUGGUGGAGAAGGACGGCACCAAGGGCGAUGUGUUUGUGGCCCCGCGGACAGACCACCCGGCUCUGUACAGGGACCUGCUGCGGACCAACCGCGUGCACUGGAUCGCGGAGGAGCCCCCGGCAGCCCUGGUCCGGGACAAGAUGAUGGAGUGCCACUUCCGGUUCCGCCACCAGAUGGCGCUAGUGCCCUGUGUGCUGACCCUCAACCAAGACGGCACCGUGUGGGUGACAGCUGUGCGGGCCGUGCGGGCCCUGGCCCCGGGACAGUUUGCCGUCUUCUAUAAAGGGGAGGAGUGUCUGGGCAGCGGGAAAAUCCUGCGCUUGGGGCCAUCUGCCUACAUACUCCAGAAGGGCAAGAGCAAGUCCAGAGUGGCCGUCGAGGGCCCCAUCGACAGCCCCAGUGACGGCCCAGGGCUGGGCCCCGUGGUCUGAAGGAGGCUGAGUGGCUGCUGCGCGCCCGGGAGCAGGCCCAGAGGAGCGGAGCCCAGUGUGGAGCUGUCGGGGGGAGCGUGGCUGAGCCUGCUGCCCCGGUCCUAGCCAGGCUGGCCUCACAGUGCCGGGCGAGCCCCAGAAAGGCUUGUCCUGUCUUCCCCAAGUUGGUGCUCUGGCCAGAAGGACUUUCUGCCUAGUGGGUGGGUCCCAAGUACCCCAUGUAUAGAGUUGCUCUUCUGGGCCCCGGGGAAGGUCUCCACCCGCAAGCACACAGGUGGCCCGGCGAGGAGGCUGCAGGGAUGCGGGGACGGCACCCAAUAAAGCGUGUGUCUGGGACAGAG